AUGAGCUUCAUUUUAGGUUCAAACUAUAAUCUUGGAAUAGAUCUGGAAGAGAACAGUUUUGAUGAAAUCGAACGCCAGGAACUGGAGGAUCAUCUCUGUGAGAUUCCUGAAACAUUUCAUCGACGACAACGACGCGAAGCACUGUUCGGUUCAUCGGUGGCUCGUGGCGGGUAUUCCGAAGCCCACGAAACCAACCAACUGCUGCAUUCCUGUCACGACAAGAUCGUCGGCCAUUCCGAUACGGAUCAGAGUGAAGACUCAAAGGGCGUAGAAGAAGAGGAAGAAGAGGAGGAAGAGGAACAUGGAAAGGCCAAAAAGUACGCGAAGCUGAUUCUGCCUCAUGUGGCGCUCGUCUUGCUCACCUGUGCCUACACUGUACUUGGGGCGUCGAUUUUCUAUACUGUUGAGCAACCACACGAAAUGAAGACGAAGCAGCACCAAUUGAAACUGAUCUACACACAACACGACGAAUUCGUCGACAAUCUCGUUCGACUUGCCUCUGCCAACCGUACAGGACGAAGCGAGUGGGAGUUGAUAGCACAACAGCACCUGCACAAUAUGUCCGACCAGUUGUUUGUCGCAUUUGAGAAGUACUUCCUCACCAGCACCGAGGUUAAAAAGAAUACUACGGCGGAAAUCUGGUCAUUUUCCACUGCCAUAUUUUUCGCAGUCACUGUUGUAACAACAAUCGGUUACGGUAAUCCGGUGCCGGUUACUAACGUGGGAAGGAUUGUAUGUAUUAUGUUUUCAUUGUUUGGAAUUCCACUAACGCUCGUUACAAUUGCUGAUCUCGGUAAAUUCUUGUCUGAACAUUUGGUGUGGAUGUAUGGCAACUACCUGAAGAUGAAGCAUUUUCUAUUCGUACGAAGAAGCGGUCGAAAGGAACGCCGGGAACAUGUGUGCGAGCAUUGCCAACGACACGGAAUAGGCCAUAAUAUGCAUGUAAUCGAGGAGCACAGAAUUCCUGCUUUUUUGGUGCUAGCCAUCUUAGUGCUAUACACGGCGUUAGGCGGUGUUCUGAUGUCGAAGCUCGAGCCAUGGACGUUCUUUACUUCAUUCUAUUGGUCAUUUAUUACAAUGACAACUGUCGGGUUUGGCGAUUUGAUGCCACGUCGCAACGAGUAUAUGUAUAUUAUUCUCUUGUAUAUUAUUCUAGGACUUGCAAUUACCACCAUGUGCAUAGAUUUGGUCGGCGUACAAUAUAUCCGUAAAAUCCACUACUUCGGCCGGAAAAUCCAGGAUGCCAGAUCGGCGUUGGCCGUUGUCGGCGGAAAGGUUGUUCUGGUCUCCGAACUGUAUGCGAAUCUAAUGCAAAAACGAGCACGAAAUAUCUCAAGAGAGGCUUUCAUCAUAGAAAAUUUGUACAUAUCCAAGCACAUAAUCCCAUACAUUCCUAGCGACAUCCGCCUAAUAAGGUACAUCGAUCAACACGCAGAUGGUUCUCCUUCAACGUCUUCAUCUUCGCUCGACUUGCAGAGUUGUCGAUUUUGUCACUCACGGUUCAGCUUCAACCUUCAACAUAGCCGAGUCUUUGGAGAACACUAA